UUUCCUGACAGUUUGAUAUAAUAAGAUCUACGUCGUAUUCAGAUAGCCAUGCAGCGCACAGACACCUCACGCACUUUCACACAGCAAGUGAAGACUUAAUAUUGUUAAAGUUAGUGGCAUAUGCAUUGUGUCACCAUGGGAGUCAGAGGACUGAAGACCUACAUUGAAAGCAGGAACAAAAAUGCUUUAAGGAGCUUGGCUUUUAGAGACAAGAAACUUCUAAUUGAUGGAUGUAAUUUAUUAUACACCAUGUACUUUGACUAUAAUUUGGAUGAGAUGCAUGGAGGAGACUAUGACGCCUUUGAGGAGUUGAUCACAGAAUUCUUUAAGAACCUCACAGCCUGCGACAUUCACCCUUAUGUUGUAUUUGAUGGUGCGGCUGACCACACGGGCAAAAAAUGGGAAACUAUUAGGCAACGAAAACAGGAUAAAAUAAAUGCAGCCUUGGCCGUGUCUGAGGGGAAGAAAGAAAAGGUCCUUCCUAUUCUCAUUGGUAAUGUUUUCAGACAGCUUCUUCAUAAGCUCAAGAUACCGCUGGUUCAGUGCAUUGAAGAAGCUGACUGGGAAAUUGCUGCUUUGGCUGAAGAGUGGAACUGUCCAGUUUUGUCCAAUGACAGUGACUUCUAUAUAUUCAACCUCAAGGCGGGAUUCCUGCCAAUCACACAUUUCCAGUGGGAAACCGUGAAACAGGACAGACGGACAAACAAAAAAUUCAUCCAAGUCAAACACUUUACAGUGAGAAAAUUCUGUGCAUCUUUCAAAAUGAACACAAACCUUCUACCAGUUUUUGCUUCUAUCUUAGGCAAUGAUUAUGUGAAGCUGCAAAAUAUCAGAUGUAUGAAUUGGGCAGAGCACUCAGUUACGGACACACCGCAUCCCCACAUUGAUGGCUUGCUUAACUGGUUAUCCCAGUUUCCAGGGCCAGAAGUGGCUGUAAGUGCUUUGCUGAAAACAAUGUCCGAAAAUGACAAAGCCAUCACCAUAGAAGCACUAUCCAAGGGAAUCCAAGAGUACAAGCUCUUCCCUGGCUAUCUGGCCAAGUACUUCCAAUUAAAGAUGAUUCCACCUAUAACUUGUAAACGUCUUUUGCAAGUUCUACCUCAACGCACCUUGAUGCUCAUACUUGAGGGAAAGAUGAACUCCUCCAUUAUCGAUGCAGUAAUGAAUCAGAGGGUUUUAAUAACAUCUCAAGUUGAAGAUUUCCAACUCCCCUGUAGCAGUGAAAUCUCUCGCCCCAUACGCCAGGUGAUUUACGGGUUACUUUUGUUGGGAGAACAAAGAUCUACUGGCACAAGUAAGUGUUAUGUGGAGGAAUACUUCAGACAGCAAACAAAACUAAGCAGUCAGAAAGUUGAAGGCUUACAGACCAUGGAUGGACUUCAGCUAAAAACUUUAUUGGAGGAACCACUCAGUGUGCGACUUCAGGUGCUCCUGGACACUUUAGGUGUGUCGUCUGAGAUGUUAAGAGGGAUCCAACCUGAUCUACAUCUGCAAAUAUUUGUGACACGUUACUGGCUAGUAAACGCACAGCCUCAGCCGUCCCAAAUGCAUCUUUGGGGGCUGCUGCUGGGAAUGGUCUAUGGAAAGUUCAGCAGUACACUUAAAGGACAAAUAGACAUGCUGUUGGGACCUAAGAAACUACAAACUGCUGGAAGAAGGAUUGAUCUGGAGCAUGAAACGGCUCAUCUAUACAGCCAGUGGCAGUCCUGCCUGAAGUGGAGUCUCAGUCUCAAUAGUUUACUGUGUUUUCCGGUGUCUGAACCAGAGAUUGCAAGUUUGUACUCUGGAACAUGGUUGCACCAAGUCGUCCGUGAGCUCAGGAGAGGCAGGCCUCUGGACAGUCUGCUGGAGAGGGGUUCGAGCGCAGAGCGGCACUUCAAACAGCUAAAGGACGUAGUUGAAAGCUUGGUUGGUGAAAACUUCAUCAAGAGAAUGAGAACCGGGCUCGGGCAAAGAACUGUUGGGAACACACACAGAGACUACAAUGGCCAUAAUCAGCCUAUAGAUGAACUGAGCAGUUACUUUGAACAUCUGAUGUAUGAGUAUGACUAUGAAGAUGAUGAUGAUCUUAAUGAGAACUUAGGGAAAAGUAAAGCCAAGUAUCAUCCUGACAUUUCCUGCACCAUCCGUACCAGACACAAGUCUAAAGCUCGCAAUGCUAAUCAUCCCUCAAAAAAAUAUGAAAGGAGUUGCUUUGAUUAGACCUUAAAGGACUUUGCAAAUGUUUGCACGAAUACACUUAUAUUGGAAAUGAGAUAAGACAUGCCAGGAAACCAGAAUAUGACAGCUUGUCUACUGUAUGUCACAAUCACAUUAUUUAUUGAUUUAAGCUAAAAAUCAUUGUAUGAUAUUUGCAUUAAGGUGUUGGACUUUGGAAUUUUGGUAAAUUAAGGACUGUUCACACAAAAUAUGAUAACUAUAAUGAUAACGAUGAAGAAUCACUAUCUUUAGAAUCACUUUUUCAGUUCCAGUUGAAUGAUAAAAACAUUGACACCCAAUCAGAUUCAGUUCUGCUAUAACUAGGUUAAGAAUUAAUGGCCGCAGGUGUGGACACUAAUAUGUGCUCAUUCUUGUUGUGAAAGGGCCUUUAGACUGUGGUUGUGUCAACGCAAAUUCAACAUAUUCAACAGAGUAUUUUAAGUAACAUAUAAGCUUUUUAACUGAAGUAUCAAAUUUAAAUAUUUUUCUAUUUUAAUCUUUCUUUUGUGUGUAAAUAACCUUACAUAUUUCUAUAUCACGGUAUAAUGUAUUAGUUGUUCUACACAUACAUAGAUUACGAGCACAAAAAGUGUUAUAUAUCAAGUCUAAACUUUAAUUUUUCAUGUAAAUUAUCCUAUUGCCUAGCACUAACCGGUUUAAAACAGUUAGGCACUUAGGUAUUACAAACAUUAAAAUCAUGGGUGUCAAUGAUUUGAAUGGAAUAAAAAUGGACUUGAUUUGAAAAUGUAGUGCAUGCAUGUUUUCCAAAAUGCAUAGUUAAAAAAAAAAUCAACUUCAGAUGCACAUCUUUUCAAUUUGUAAAAAUUUUAUUGUACAAUUGUGUUCUGAAAUGACUACAACAGAUUACUGGUUUCAGCUGUGCAAAAUAAAUACAAUCUUAAAAACAUUUAUUACAACAAAAAAAAACCCUUCAAUGAUAACCCUUCAAUUUACAUUUUUAUACUGCUUCAUAUCAGUGUAUUACACGGUUUGUUUUCAAAGCAACAGCAAUGCUAGAAAUCAAACAAAGGGCAUCUCACCAAUUAAUAAAUGUGGACAAAGUGAUGAUAAAGAAACACUACCUGCAAUAGAAAGGACAAACAUGAUCGCAAACUGCAAAAACUCAAUUAUAUCAUUUUCAGCUGUAUCUUAUUAACAUGAUACAGUGUUGGCAGAUGGGAAUAAGACAAUGCUGGUGGGCUGCACUGAGGUUUUUUGGCAUGGGUAGGUGGAGGGCGGGGGGGGGGGGGGUGUCAGGACUGGUGAGUUGAAUAUUUCUGUACAGCCAAAAUAAGCAUCCAUUUAACUGACGACUACAUCAUUAAACUCUUAAAAAAAAACAAUAAUUCACCUAACUGAGCACCAAAAAGGUGAGGAAAUAAAUACCACUAAAGGAUAAGCCAAAGUAAAGUCAAAAGCAUUUUAUUUUCAGAUGGCCCUAAUACCAGUGUAUUAACACAAGGAAAGUAACAAGAUAGUAUUGAUACUACGCAAA